AUGGAAACUGAUGAACGAUGCAGUGGACCUCAAUAUGACAAAGCAACACCUAAUAAGAUACUUGAUAACACCGAGUUGAUCACGGAUCCAAAAAAAAUCGCGAACAUUUUCUACUCCCAUUUCUCCCAAAUUGCCAACACUGUUAUCAAAGAAUCUGCACAUCACCAGCCUAAUUUCGAUGCCUUGCGUAAUUUUGUGGACACUCCACUUUGCAAAGACCACCAAUUUAAAAUUCCGCCUAUGACUUCUGAAUAUCUAUUGAAUGAGAUCAACAACCUGUUAUGUCACAAGGCAAAGGGAAUUGAUGCCAUCAACGUCCAUCUUCUCAAGAUCGACUGCAAUGAUCUCCUUCCAUCGCUUCUGUACCUCUACAACUCCAGCAUAACCUCAGGCAUCUUUCCAGACCAGUGGAAAAUUAGCAAAAUUACGCCGAUUUUUAAGAAGGGUUCACGUACGCCAAGUCAAAGAUAA